UAGUAGACGGUUAUAAACAAUCUCUAUUGCUUGUACCUUAAGCGAUAAGUUCAAGUUUGAGAAUACUGACUAAAUAUGCAAAAAGAAACGAAAGAAGGUGCGUGGUAUCGAUGAUGCAAAAGUUACGAAUUUCAUGGAUACUACGGCCAAGCAGAUGUAAUAGAUAAUAGAAUACAGAAUCUCCACGUGGAGUGAAGGUCCUGCAUUUAUUUACGCACAAACACAAUGUCAAGAAGAAAUCUGUGUUACAACUGGUUUUCAGAAUCAACGGUUCUAUAAUAUCGCCUGGUUAUGCGUAGCUACGGCAGUAGUUUAUCGACAUCAAGACGAAGAAGGUUUUCUUCAUUUUUAACACUAAACCUACCAGAGCGGUCAAAUGUCCGCUUUUGAGACUUUAAUAAUAAAUGUUUUUUAAUUAUUACAUGAUAAUUAUUUUGUGUUUUAUUGCCUAUGCUAAAUUCUGUAUUAUCUAUAAUCAACUGGAAAAUAAUAUAAUGUUUAUUUGAAAAGCGCUCAUUUGACCGCCAUCGGUAGAAAUAGAUAUAUAUGAAAUGUCGCUUAAGAAUAUGUUGUGCAAACAUUUUCUUAAAACUACGCAAGGAUUUUCAAGAAACAUUCUGAAAUAUUAUCAAAUCAUAAAUAAUGGUUCAAUCAAAGAAGUUAGAAAUAUUGGAAUUCGUAAAGUACAUACGACAGAAAAGUCGCCAAGAAUACUUAUUACAGGUGGUCUUGGACAGUUGGGCACCGAGUGCGCGAAGCUGCUUCGUAAACAUUAUGGAAACGAGAAUGUGAUAUUAUCUGACAUAAUCAAACCGACAGAAGAAAGUUUAUCGAACGGUCCAUUCAUUUUCGCGGAUAUCCUCGAUUUCAAGGGGCUUCAAAAAAUUGUCGUGAAUUACAGAAUCGAUUGGUUGAUUCAUUUUAGCGCCCUCCUCAGCGCUGUUGGCGAGCAGAAUGUUCCAUUGGCUGUAAGAGUUAACAUUGAAGGAAUGCACAAUGUUAUCGAACUGGCGAAACAGUACAAAUUAAGGAUAUUUAUUCCAUCCACGAUCGGUGCAUUUGGUCCGGAUUCACCACGGAAUCCUACCCCAAACGUGACCAUACAACGUCCUCGAACGAUUUAUGGUGUUAGCAAAGUGCAUGCCGAAUUAUUGGGUGAAUACUAUCAUCACAGAUUUGGGCUUGACUUCCGGUGUCUUAGAUUUCCGGGUGUCAUUAGCAGUGACCCACCGGGCGGUGGUACCACAGAUUACGCAGUAGCAGUUUUUCAUGAAGGAUUGCUUACUCAAAAAUAUGAGUGUUAUUUAGAACCCUAUACGAGGUUGCCAAUGAUGUAUAUAGAGGAUUGUUUGUCAGCGCUUUUUCAAUUUUUGAACACUCCAAAGGAGCUACUACAAAGGAGGGUAUAUAACGUUACUGCUAUGAGUUUCACACCUGAAGAAUUGUUUGAAGAACUGAAGAAACAUGUUCCUAACUUGAAGAUUUCAUACAAACCAGACGGAAGACAAUAUAUUGCUGAAAGUUGGCCGCAAGUUUUUGACGAUAGCGAGGCACGGCGAGAUUGGGGAUGGAAACACAAAUACAAUUUAGAAAAACUUGUAGAAUCAAUGAUACACGAUGUAAGAAAAAAUUCUUCAUCUAAAAGAUCAAUGAAGGAGGUCAAUAGUUACGUGUAACGCAAUAUUAUUUAGAAAGCAGCUACAUGAAUUAUAGUA